GUUGUCCCAUGCACGCAGCGUGUGGACAGAGUGCAGCUGUUUCGUUGCGAGCAGAGCCCAACAUGUGAGAAGAUGUCUGUUGGAGGUUGUGCUUGUCCCGGCUGUUCGUCAAAGUCAUUCAAGCUGUACUCUCCUAAGGAGCCCCCCAACGGCGGCAGCUUCCCCCCCUUCCACCCAGGCGCUAUGCUUGACAGAGAUGUGGGGCCAACACCCAUGUACCCCCCGUCAUACAUGGAGCCUGGAAUGGGGAGACCCACACCGUACGGGAACCAGACAGACUACAGGAUAUAUGAGCUGAACAAAAGAUUACAGAACUGGACAGAGGACUGUGACAAUCUCUGGUGGGAUGCCUUCACCACAGAGUUCUUUGAGGACGACGCCAUGCUCACCAUCACUUUCUGUCUGGAAGAUGGACCCAAACGAUACACCAUUGGCAGGACGUUGAUUCCACGCUACUUUCGAAGUAUUUUUGAAGGGGGCGCCACUGAGCUGUUCUACGUUUUGAAGCAUCCAAAGGAGUCGUUCCACAGUAACUUUGUCUCCCUCGACUGUGACCAGUGCACCAUGGUGACUCAGAACGGCAAACCUAUGUUCACGCAGGUCUGUGUGGAGGGUCGUCUGUACCUGGAGUUCAUGUUUGAUGACAUGAUGAGGAUCAAGACGUGGCACUUCAGCAUCAGACAACACAGAGAGGUCCUGCCAAGGAGCAUUUUGGCUAUGCAUGAUCCGCAGAUGCUCGAUCAGCUGGCUAAGAAUAUCACCAGAUGUGGGCUGUCCAACUCCACGCUCAACUACCUCCGUCUAUGUGUGAUAUUGGAGCCCAUGCAAGAGUUGAUGUCCAGACAUAAGACCUACAGCUUGAGCCCCAGAGACUGCCUGAAGACCUGCCUCUUCCAAAAGUGGCAACGAAUGGUAGCCCCACCAGCUGAGCCAGCCCGACAAGCUCCAAACAAGCGGCGGAAAAGGAAGGUGUCCGGUGGAAGCACCGUGAGCACCGGCGGAGGCAACAACAACAACAGCAACAGCAAAAAGAAGAGUCCAGCCAACAACUUCUCACUCUCCAACCAGGACCUGGUUGGAACAAAAACCUGUACAGUGCCGGAGCUUGAGGACCGGAGUUGAGAACCACUACGCUAAAUCUUAAACCCACACACACACACACACACACACACACAUACACACAUAAACAUACACACACACUCUCUCUGUCUCUGUCUCUUUCUCUUUGACCCCCACACACACACACACACACACCCUCAUACACAUACCCAAUCAAACAAUGACACGUAUACACACAGACCAGUGCACACACACCAACACACACCCAGCAACACCUACAGCAUAAAACAUUGAGGUACUGGAGAGAGGUGGUAUGCAGCGUGUCUGGACCAGAGCACCAGACGCUACAGACGUGCGUUUUCAUUUUUUCUAUGUUUUAGACCUGUUUUCAGUUUUUGUUUUUUAAUUUUUUGUAAACAAUUUCUAAAAAACAGACAAGCAAGCAAACAAAAAACACCCCCGACUAUUCUUUGCACUGUUUUCCACUAUUAUACCCCCUAUCUAUUUUUCUUAUGAAUUGACGGUGUAUUUUGUUUUCCUUUUUCUAUUAUUGCUAAUGUAAGAACUGUAAAACAUCUGAAACCUGCAGUAUAUAUUAAUGUAUAAGUAUUGCUGUUAGAUCAUUCUUAUUGUGGUGGUAAUAACUUUCAUGUAAGUCUAUGCUUGAUAUGUCAUCCAUCUGUGUCAGACAUCACACUGUCAUCAGGUCCGUGGGCUUCACCGCUGGGGAGAACAAGGCUAGUGUGUGAGAUGCUGCACCGCAUCUCGUGUGAUGCGAGUCCGAAGCAGCACACUGGAAACCAGUUUGACCCCCGAAAUUUCCGUCAAACGCCUGGUUUAGAUCUGUCGUCUUAUCAUUGCAGAAACUGUUUGCUUUUGUCUCUCGAAAUUUCUUAUCUGGGGGUCCUCUCUUCAGUGAACAUAAUUGCAGAAAACGUCUCAAAUUUGCUACUCAAAAAAUAUUUUAAAAAAACAAGUUUUGACAGGAUUGUAAAAUAGGAUUUAAGAGAAAAAAAAAAGACUUUUGUAUUAACUUAAGUUUCCCAGAAAAGUUUUUAAUCACAAUUAAGAAAGCUGCAGACCAAGGAGCUACAUGUAAAGAGUCUUUAGAUAUCGAUUACACUGCGCUGUUUUAUGUUUUAUGAAGAAUCAUUUCUGUUGGCUUUACUUUGUUUGUGUCUGUGCUUGUAUAUUUCUAGCUAGUAAUUUCUGUAAAAGUUAUUCUAUGUAUUCCUCCCUAGAACUAUGAGAAACUCAAUCUAAUGUAAAGCGAUGAAAAGCCUCUUAAAAGUUUUUUUAAACGUGAUUUUUAUGGUACAAUCACUGAUAAAAGAAUUUUGCCCUCAUUUUAGCAAACUGUAUUUAUUUUUCUAUGUACGGACGUUCUGUUUAGGUCCAACCCACCUGUACAAUACUCAUGAUAAUAUAUGGAGGGGUUUGUGGGGCUGCUGAGUCAGUUGAUGCUAAAAAAAAGAGGUCAUUCCAUUACUUUUGUUCCUUUGACGUGCGGCUCCCGGGUCAGUCUGGCCUGUUUAUUACAAUGGUUCAUUAUGUUCACAGUGAAGAGAUGUUUAAUAGCCAUUCUCUGCUGUUGUAAGGUUCUGGUCUAUCUGAAAACUUGUCAGAUGUACUGAAAACCAAUAAAUAACCACAUUUAGAGAAAA